AUGGCCAACAAUCUUCACGCUCCCACAGUAUCCUCCGGGCCAACGUCCGGAGGGAUCCCCCGCGACCUUUCGAAGCUCUCAAUGGGCGACCUGAUGAAACACAAGGAAAACAUCGAGGAGGAACUUUCAGCUUUGAGCAGUGUCCUCACUUCCCAUGGCGUCGAUAUGAGCACGUCGCUAACGACAUUCGAUGGCUUUCCCCGCGAUGAUAUAGACGUUGCGCAAAUCCGCACCAUCCGAGCGCAAAUAAUUCGACUCCGUUACGAUCACAAAGAGGUUAUGGGGAGUAUCGAGAAGGGUAUCCACACUCACUUUGCCGGGCUUCAACGGGCGAGCGACGAGGCACCGGUUGCCACAACUGCGAACAUUUCUACAAGUCAACCCUCUGGAACCAGUACACCAGCUUCCGGAGUGAGCGCAUCGACACCAUUUGCCAAAGUGAACAGCGUUGUGUCGGGGAGCCCUGCAGACCAAGCUGGGCUGCAGACUGGCGAUAAGAUUCGAAGCUUUGGAAGUGUCAACUGGUUGAACCACGAGCGUCUCUCAAAAGUGGCAGAAGUGGUUCAACGAAAUGAAGGACGUACCAUCAUAGUCAAAAUCACCCGAAAUGAGGCGGCUUCUAGCAAUACCAUUGAUCGAGAUCUAGAACUCGUCCCACGCCGUGAUUGGGGCGGCCGUGGCUUAUUAGGUUGCCAUCUUCUACCCCUAUAA